CCGCCGCCGCCCCCUCCUCCUCCCACAUCCCCUUCCCUCCCCCUCCCCUCCUCUCCCCUCUGCCCCCCCCCCCACCAUGAGGAUGAUGGCCGCCGGCGCGGUGCACGGCCUCUUCACGGCCUCCGCGGCCCCGCAGCCGCCGCCGCCCCCGCCGCCGCCGCCGCAGCCCCAGCCUCCCCAGCAGCCGUCGCCGCCGCCACAGCAGCCGCCGCCGCCGCCGCCGCCGCAGCCGCAGCCGCAGCAGCAGCCGCCGCCCCAGGCCCCCCCCAUGGAGCCCGAGGCCCCGGAUUCCCGCAAGAGGCCCCUCGAAACGCCCCCCGAGGUGGUCUGCACCAAGCGCAGCAACACGGGAGAGGAGGGUGAAUACUUCCUGAAGGUGCUGAUCCCUAGCUACGCGGCGGGCUCCAUCAUUGGAAAGGGCGGGCAAACCAUCGUGCAGCUACAGAAGGAGACGGGAGCCACCAUCAAGCUCUCCAAGUCCAAAGACUUCUACCCCGGAACCACAGAGCGAGUAUGCCUGGUUCAGGGCACAGCAGAGGCCUUGAAUGCUGUGCACAGCUUUAUUGCCGAGAAGGUCCGAGAAAUCCCACAAGCGAUGACCAAACCUGAGGUGGUCAACAUCCUUCAACCCCAAACCACAAUGAACCCCGACAGAGCCAAGCAGGCCAAGCUGAUCGUCCCCAACAGCACGGCGGGCCUGAUCAUCGGCAAGGGCGGCGCCACCGUGAAAGCCGUGAUGGAACAGUCGGGGGCCUGGGUGCAGCUGUCCCAGAAGCCGGAGGGCAUCAACCUGCAGGAGCGCGUGGUGACGGUCAGCGGCGAGCCCGAGCAGGUGCACAAGGCGGUGAGCGCCAUCGUGCAGAAGGUACAGGAGGACCCCCAGAGCAGCAGCUGCCUCAACAUCAGCUACGCCAACGUGGCCGGCCCCGUGGCCAACUCCAACCCCACCGGCUCGCCGUACGCCAGCCCCGCCGACGUGCUGCCAGCCGCGGCCGCUGCCUCCGCCGCGGCCGCCGCCUCCGGCCUGCUGGGCCCCGCGGGGCUGGCCAGCGUGGGCGCCUUCCCCGCCGCCCUGCCCGCCUUCUCGGGCACGGACCUGCUGGCCAUCAGCACCGCCCUUAACACGCUGGCCAGCUACGGCUACAACACCAACUCCCUCGGCCUGGGCCUCAACUCGGCCGCCGCCUCCGGGGUCCUGGCCGCAGUGGCCGCCGGUGCCAACCCCGCCGCGGCCGCCGCUGCCAACCUCCUGGCCUCCUACGCGGGGGAGGCCGGGGCCGGGCCGGCCGGAGGGGCCGCCCCGCCGCCGCCCCCGCCGCCCGGAGCCUUGGGGUCCUUCGCGUUGGCCGCGGCCGCCAACGGCUACCUUGGGGCCGGGGCGGGCGGUGGGGCGGGCGCCGCGGGUGGCCCCCUGGUGGCCGCCGCCGCGGCCGCAGGGGCGGCCGGGGGCUUCCUGACGGCAGAGAAGCUGGCGGCCGAGAGCGCCAAGGAGCUGGUGGAGAUCGCGGUGCCUGAGAACCUGGUGGGAGCCAUCCUGGGCAAGGGGGGCAAGACGUUGGUGGAGUACCAGGAGCUGACAGGUGCCCGCAUCCAGAUCUCUAAGAAGGGCGAGUUCCUGCCCGGCACACGGAACCGGCGGGUCACCAUCACGGGCAGCCCCGCGGCCACGCAAGCCGCUCAAUACCUCAUCAGCCAGCGGGUCACCUACGAGCAGGGAGUGAGGGCCUCAAACCCCCAGAAGGUGGGAUGAGGCCUGUGGUGUGUGCUCCCACCCUCCUCCCGAUGCCGCCUCCUCCUCCUCCUCCUCCUCCUCCUCCUCCUCCUCCUCCUCCUCCCCAACUCUUGGCCUCAGCUCCGGGUGGUCCCGCUCCUCCUGGGAUUGGGGCUGGGGUUGGGGUUGGUCUGACGGCACCCCCCUUCCUUCUGGUAGUUCGUAGGCAGGAUUGAGAGAUGGCUGGGGAUGGAGCCCAAAGCUCCUUCCCUGGCCCUGAACGGACCCCUUCCUUCCUUCCUUCCUUCCUUCCUUCCUUCCUUCCUUCCUUCCUUCCUUCCUUCCUUCCUUCCUUCCUUCCUUCCUACGCUUGGCUGGGCCUGACUCUCC